AUGCCUUCAGACUCUCCUUCUGGGCAAAGUCUGUGAGAUAUGGGCAACUUCUUCUCUUUUCUCAAGAGCGGCUUCCGCCAGCAACCCCGCCGUCCUGCCACCACCCGAAGCACGAGCAUAACCAGCAGUAGAUCUCCUGACCAUCUGACAGAGGUGAAAAUGGAUUCGUCUGCCAAGCAGAGAUAUGCCUUCAUUCCGGAUCGCUUCUCGUCCCUCGAUCAGGUCACGACGGCCUUAAGAGAAGCCGGGCUGGAGUCCUCCAAUCUUAUCCUCGGCAUAGAUUUCACCAAAAGCAAUGAGUGGACAGGCAAGGUCUCGUUCAACAACCGGAGCUUGCAUCGCAUCGGAGACGUGCCGAAUCCCUAUGAGACAGCCAUCUCUAUCGUCGGCAAGACGUUGGCUCCAUUAGACGAAGACAACUUAAUUCCUUGUUUUGGCUUUGGGGAUGUCACGACUCAUGAUCGAGAAGUAUUCAGCUUUCACAGCGAUCAUUCCCCCUGCCAUGGAUUCGAGGAAGUUUUGGCCUGCUAUAGAAGAAUAGUUCCGAGCUUGAAGCUUGCAGGGCCGACAUCUUACGGACCGAUAGUCGAGGCCGCCAUGGACAUUGUGGAGAAAAGUGGCGGCCAGUUCCAUGUAUUGGUUAUCAUUGCAGAUGGCCAGGUCACAAGAAGUGUGGAUACAAGGGAUGAAGAGCUCAGUCCACAAGAAGAGAGAACAAUUGGCUCCAUUGUGGAAGCAAGCUUGUUCCCGCUUGCAAUCGUCCUUGUUGGAGUUGGAGACGGGCCUUGGGAAGACAUGCAAAAGUUCGACGACAGGAUUCCUAAACGUGAAUUUGAUAAUUUUCAGUUUGUGAAUUUCACUAGCAUCAUGUCUAAAAGUGGAAGUCCAUCGGAGAAAGAAGCGGCGUUUGCUCUUGCUGCUCUCAUGGAGAUCCCCUUCCAGUACAAAGCCACCCUCGCUCUUGGACUGCUUGGGCAUGCUAGGGGCAAAGCAAAGAGGGUGUUUCCACGUCCUCCGCCACCAGGAGGUCCGCACCGGGAUGGUGGAAUCAGAAUGCCUACCAACCUCUCAGCCUCAGCUGAUGACCAGCAGAACCAGGUGUGCCCUGUUUGCCUGACAAAUCCCAAGAACAUGGCGUUCGGUUGCGGUCACAUGGCUUGCAGAGAAUGCGAACGGAGAUUGUCCAGUUGUCCGAUAUGCCGGCAGCCAAUCACCAGCAGGCUCAGACUGUACACGUGAUUACUCCACCAGGACUGAAAAAAAAAACACACACACACACACUGGCUGCACUUCUGUUGAGCCUCAGGAAGAUACUUGAGUUUAGAGAGACUG